GGGGCACACAGGCCCGGGGUUCCCGCGACUCUCAGGGCGUGAUCUCCUCAGCCACGUUCUCUUCAAUCUCUGGACCACCCGGGCCACAGCUGCAGCUGCUGCUUCUCUCUCCUCGGCGAAAGGAGACCUCGGCGUUAGCAUGUCCCGGAAGGGGGCGUGGCCAGCGGCAGGCCCCACCCCUUCUGUGACGCACUGGGUGGAGCGCGAGGGAGCAGGGAGCAGGGGGUGGGGCUGGGUUUAGUAGAAGACCUGGAGGCCUGGGUCGCCUCCCGACGCCCAUCAGCCGGUUUCUCUAGCUUCGUCGGUUCGGAGGAGCGGCGGCCACCUCGACCUCCAGUGUCUCCGGCGAACUGAAGUGGCGGCUAGGAUGGUGUUGCUGGGCUUACUGCAGGCGAGCGGGUCGGUGCUGGUGCAGGCGAUGGAGCAGGUGACUGGCGGCAGCCUCCUGUCCUUGCUGCUGAUCGCCUGCGCCUUCACGCUCUGCCUGGUCUACCUGUUCCGCCUCGCCGUCGGCCACUUGGCCCCGCUGCCCGCCGAUACGAAAAGUCCGCCAUAUAUUUCCUCUCCAGUUCCAUUCCUUGGACAUGCCAUAGCAUUUGGGAAAAGUCCAGUUGAAUUCCUCGAAAAUGCAUAUGACAAGUAUGGACCUGUGUUUAGUUUUACCAUGGUGGGCAAGACAUUUACUUACCUUCUGGGGAGUGAUGCAGCUGCACUGCUUUUUAAUAGUAAAAAUGAAGACCUGAAUGCAGAAGAUGUCUACAGUCGUCUGACAACACCUGUGUUUGGGAAGGGAGUUGCAUAUGAUGUACCUAAUCCGGUUUUCUUGGAGCAGAAGAAAAUAUUAAAAAGUGGCCUUAACAUAGCCAACUUUAGACAGCAUGUUUCUAUAAUUGAAAAAGAAACAAAGGAGUACUUUCAAAGUUGGGGAGAAGGUGGAGAAAAAAAUUUGUUUGAAGCUCUUUCUGGGCUCAUAAUUUUAACAGCUAGCCAUUGUUUACAUGGAAAGGAAAUCAGAAGUCAACUCAAUGAGAAGGUGGCACAACUGUAUGCAGACUUGGAUGGAGGUUUUAGCCACGCAGCCUGGCUGUUGCCAGGUUGGCUCCCUUUGCCUAGUUUCAGACGCAGAGACAGGGCUCAUCGAGAAAUCAAGAAUAUUUUCUAUAAGGCAAUCCAGAAACGCCGACAGUCAGAAGAAAAAAUGAAUGACAUUCUUCAAACUUUACUAGAGUCCACUUACAAGGAUGGGCGUCCUUUGACAGAUGAUGAAGUAGCAGGCAUGCUUAUUGGGCUGCUUUUGGCAGGGCAGCACACAUCCUCCACUACCAGUGCCUGGAUGGGCUUCUUUUUGGCCAGAGACAAAACACUUCAAGAAAAAUGUUAUUUAGAACAGAAAACAGUCUGUGGAGAGGAUCUGCCUCCUUUAACUUAUGAUCAGCUCAAGGAUCUAAGUUUACUUGAUCGCUGUAUAAAAGAAACAUUAAGACUUCGACCUCCUAUAAUGACCAUGAUGAGACUGGCCAAAACGCCUCAAACUGUGGCUGGGUAUACCAUUCCUCCAGGACAUCAGGUGUGUGUUUCUCCCACUGUCAAUCAAAGACUUAGAGACUCCUGGGUAGGACGUCUGGACUUUAAUCCUGAUCGCUACUUACAGGACAAUCCAGCAUCAGGAGAGAAGUUUGCCUAUGUGCCAUUUGGAGCUGGGCGUCAUCGUUGUAUUGGGGAGAAUUUUGCGUAUGUUCAAAUUAAGACAAUUUGGUCCACUAUGCUUCGUUUAUAUGAAUUUGAUCUCAUUGAUGGAUAUUUUCCCACUGUGAAUUAUACAACCAUGAUUCACACCCCUGAAAACCCCAUCAUUCGAUACAAACGAAGAUCAAAAUGAAGAAGGCUGCAAGGAACUAAUACAACAUCAACAGUCAAACAUCACUGUAAACUACAAAAGUAUUUGGAGAGAAUGAAAUUUACAAAACGGUUCA